AUGGCUGUCAUUCUUAACCCUUGCGGAAGUGUCCGUCGGUUGCUUGGGAUUCCAUUUGCUGAUUCUACCAUAUCUGGGUUACAUAUGCCUUCAAGAUGCAGUUUAUUCCGACAUUUUCGAAAAAAAAACAAAAUUAAGAAAAGGGAAGGUGAUAAAACUCUGAGUAGUCCUCUUUUCCAUGAAUUACCAAAUGAUUUGGAAACAGCACAGGUUAUCAUUGAAGGCUUGACGAAGCAGCUAAAGGUACAUGAUGACGUCUCUUCGAAUUUAGCUUUACUUCAGAAGCGAGUUGAGGAUUCUCAUCAAAGAACACAAAAUGCAUUGCAAAUGCUUGAAAGUCGACUUGAUAGUGCUGAGGGAAGAUGGACAAGACAAUUGGAAAUUCAGCAUAAAUAUUUGCUGAAACAAUACAAUAAGGAGAUAAAAAAUCAAAAAAUUAAACAGGCCUUUAUAAAAAAAACAGGAACUGACAGCACUUUGAAAGAAACUGAUAAUGAUGCGAAAGUUCAAGAGCACGAGCUCAAGAUUUUGAAUCACCGAGCUGCAAAAGUGGACAGUGGAAUGAAAGAGUUAUCAGAAAUUACGACUAGUACAAUAAAUAUUGAAGAAAAUCUUAAAACUGAUAAAGAAAAAAUUCGAGAUUUUGAUGCUCGUCUAAAAAUAUUAAGUAAGAGAGAAGAAAUGUUGAAUGCUGUACUGACCAAACAUAUGAAUAUUUAUUUUCGCAAGCAAAUUAAACAAUCAAGCGAUAAACAAUCUGAUGCAAGCUUUUAUGGUGUUUGUGAAAUUAUUGAUGGCUAUCAAAAAACAGUCGUAAAUUUGAAUAAAGCUUUGCGAAAAUUGGAACAAGUUCGUUUUAUGCCAGCUAUGAGAACCAUUGAUUGUACAUCUUUAAAUGUGCCAACAGUAGAUGAAAUCGACGAAAUUACUAUUGUAAUGAGACGCUUUCUCGCCAAACUACGUGUUCAACUGUCAACAGUUCACCUUACUGGAAGUCCUGCUGCUAAUUCAAGACAAUCAUCCCGUUCAAGUAGCAUUUAUGAUUUCAAUUCAAAAUUAUCGUCUUCAACAAGUGCACCAAAGUUAUCAUUCAGUAAUUUGGAUGUGAGUUCGAUAAGAAGUACUGCAUCUACGAAUAGUGCGAUUUCAUCGAGCGCUCUUACAAGCAAAUCAGAUUCUCAAUUCUUGUUGUCAGCAAGUACUAUUCCAUCUUGCGAUUUAGUAGUAGCUGCGAAGAAAUCUCAAGAAUGUGGAAAUGAUGCAAAAAAAUAA